GACCUGUCUGUUUUCCUGCACCUUUUGUCACUUCCACCACCACUUAGUAUAGAGAAAAGAAAAACGCACAAAACCAGACACAAACACUGCUGUUACAGAAUCUAGUAAAAUAGUUUUCAGAAGUUCAAAACAAUAACAAUAGCAAGGAGUGUUUGGUUGAAUCAGUUACCAUUUUCAUCUGAACAUGGUUUGUUCAGUGCAUCUGCUUCCACUUCUCUUCCUCUUCCUCCUGGCUUUGCUCUUGAAUCCGACAUGUGUCUGUGGCAAUGACGAGCUUAGAGCUCUGAUGGACCUGAAAUCCAGUUUGGAUCCAGAGGGGCGGUUUCUGUCAUCAUGGACCAUCGAUGGCAGCCCCUGUGGUGGUUACUUUGAGGGAGUCGCUUGCAAUGAGAAGGGUCAGGUGGCAAAUGUUUCUCUGCAGGGGAAAGGGCUCUCUGGGAGGCUUUCACCGGCCAUCGGUGGACUAAAGCACUUGACAGGACUCUACUUGCAUUACAAUUCUUUGUCUGGGGAGAUUCCAAGGAAAGUUGCAAACUUGACUGAGCUCAGUGACUUGUACCUGAAUGUGAAUCAUUUUUCUGGUGAAAUCCCACCUGAGAUUGGCAAGAUGGAGAAGCUUCAAGUUUUGCAGCUCUGUUAUAAUCAGUUAACAGGAAGCAUACCUACACAGCUUGGCGAUUUGAAAAAGCUCAGUGUUCUUGCUCUUCAGUCAAACCAGUUGGCUGGAGCUAUCCCUGCUACCCUAGGAGAUUUGGAAAUGUUGACGAGGCUAGAUUUGAGUUCUAAUAAUCUCUUUGGUUCCAUUCCCACUAAACUAGCCAAUCUUCCUUCACUGCAAGUUCUGGAUGUUCACAACAACACUCUCUCUGGGAAUGUACCUACUGCUUUGAAGAGACUAGAGAAUGGAUUUGUGUAUGAAAACAAUGUGGGGUUAUGUGGAGUUGGGUUUUCAUCCUUGAAAGCUUGCACUGCUUCAAAUAAUGUUAAUCUCACACGACCUGAACCUUAUGGAGCAGGAGUUGGAAGUAUCUCUAGAGAUAUCCCAGAAACUGCUAAUGUAAAGUUGCCUUGCAAUACAACUCGUUGCCAAAAUCCAUCUAAAUCCAAACAAGCCACAUCUAUCACAGUUGGCAUUGUUCUAGUAACAAUUGCAGUAUCAGCAAUUGGUGUUUUGACCUUCACCGUAUAUAGGCGGCGGAAACAAAAGCUUGGAAGUGCCUUUGAUACUUCUGAAGGCCGAGUAAGUACAGAUCAAGCCAAGAGUAUAUACAGGAAAAAUGGAUCUCCUUUGGUUAGCCUUGAGUAUUCUAAUGGGUGGGACCCUUUGGCUGAUAGCAGGAAUUUCAACGGGGAUAAGCAAGAUUUGUUCCAGAGUUUCAGGUUCAACUUGGAAGAAGUGGAGUCAGCUACUCAGUAUUUCUCAGAGUUGAAUCUGUUGGGGAAGAGCAACUUUAGUGCUACAUAUAAAGGGGUUUUGAGAGAUGGAUCUGCUGUUGCUAUCAAGAGCAUCAGUAAAACUAGUUGCAAAUCAGAUGAAGCUGAGUUUUUGAAGGGAUUGAACAUUUUGACCUCACUGAGAAAUGAGCAUUUAGUGAGGUUGAGAGGAUUUUGUUGUUCAAGGGGACGAGGGGAAUGCUUUCUGGUCUAUGAUUUUGUUCCUAAUGGAAAUCUUACACGCUACCUUGAUGUGAAGGAAGGUGAUGGAGAAGUUCUUGAAUGGUCAACUAGAGUUUCUAUUGUGAAAGGAAUUGCUAAAGGUAUAGCAUAUUUACAUGCACACAAAUCAAACAAACCAGCCCUUGUUCACCAAAACAUCUCAGCUGAGAAAGUGCUACUCGAUCGGCGGUACAACCCAAUGCUUUCAGAUUCCGGCUUGUACAAGCUUCUCACCAAUGACAUUGUCUUCUCUGCACUAAAGGGUAGUGCAGCAAAGGGAUACUUGGCUCCAGAAUACACCACAACCGGCCGGUUCACGGAGAAAAGUGAUGUUUAUGCAUUUGGAGUGCUUCUUUUCCAGAUUAUCACAGGGAAACAGAAGAUCACAAGUGCAAUGCGCCUUGCAGCAGAGUCCUUUACAUUCCAAGAAUUUAUUGACCCGAACUUGCGUGGCAAGUUCUUUGAAUACGAGGCAGCUAAACUAGCCAAGAUGGCUUUACUUUGCUCCCAUGAAUCUCAGUUUGAGAGGCCAAGCAUGGAAGCCAUUGUUCAAGAACUGGGGAAUUGUAGUAGCUGUCUUUGAUUUGAGUUUUACUUGAAUUAGUUUAACCAUCAACACCACAUCAGUUUUCUAGUGUUUGGCCACUUGUUCAUGGUCAUGGUAAUGGUGAUGGUGACCCUUUAAGGCAUGACAUGUUUCUGUGUCCUUAACAUAGGACUGGCUUUUCUGUGAAUGAAUGUGAAUGCCUUGGACUUUGGUUGUAGUCUAGGUAAGUGAUUUUUAUCACUAUUUCUAUUCAUUUCAGCCAUUUAUUCUCUCUAAUAGUCUGCAAUUGUGGUUUUUGCUUUUCUUUUGGGUUUUGUGGUUAAUGCCCUUUUGUUUAAUCACCUUUUUCCAACCAACCAUGGACAAAAAGCAAAAGCAAUAUAGAAAUGAACUGUCAUGAAUGCAAUGCAUCAAAUUCCCUAGUGCUACAACACUUUAUUGCUGCUAUUAGCACUUUGUAAAGCAUCCAUUCCUUUUUUGGAUUAUGGAAUGCUGAUUUGAGAUUAAUA